AUGUGCAAAUACUACGCCCACACCCACCCUUGCGGUCACACCAAGACCGUCUUCGCCGCCUUCUGUCCACAGUCCGCCCUGAUCCAGAAGCCCUGCGGCCGCGGAGAAAUCUGGGCUACGGUGAAGAUGGACAAGGACUCUGGUCUGGUCGCGACCAUAUACUCGGCGACAGCAUCAGCAGCGAACUCGUACAACGAACACCUACACCUCAAACCCCUGCCGAAUGGCGCGUUGUACGCCGGCUUUAACUUCACAGCUUCGACACCAUUGUCCGCCUACGAUGCCCAACACUUCCGAUUAUUCCCCCGAUCUCUGGGUCAGAUCCUUCAAUUCACUCACACGUCCGAGCUUCAUCUUCGCUUCGCGCUAGGGCGCUGGGACGAGGAAUCAUGGGGCAGCAGGCCGCGAAAUGGCAGACGCGAAGGAGGGACGGGAGUCGAGCUAUGGGCGUGGCUGGAAGGUGACAGUCAGGCCGAGGCAGAGGAAAGAUGGAGUGGGUUGGUGAACAGCCUGAGUGGACUGUUCUGCGCCAGUCUGAACUUUAUCGACCAGUCCAAGACGAUUCGACCUAUCUUGAGCUUUGAGCCAGAAGGGGACAUAUACCAGGGCAAGAGAGGGAAGGACGACAGCACAUGGCUUAUGCAUGGCAUGCUGCCGCAUGAGGUCGUCUGUACAGAGAACCUGACGCCGUUCCUGAAACUUUUACCGUGCAAGGGCAAGGCGGGAGUGAGCAGUCUACUCGAUGGCCACAAGGUCUUCGACGCGAAUUGGCAGACAAUGGCCAUCGACGUUCGACCAAAACGCGGCAACGGCAUCGGCGGGGUGGUGACAGAGUGCGAGCUGGAAAUCGAGCAGACAGUAGACAUGGUGCUCGAUGUGGAGAGGAGCAUGAGACCACGGGAUAACCCUAUACCACGACCACUGCCGAUUGAAGAAAUCACAUGCGAUCCGAGUAAAGACUACAACUCGCAAGAUACCUGCUUUCCGAAGCGCCUGGAAGGAGAGAUGGAGUGGAGCUUGAGCAGGAUCUUCGGCAGGCCCAUGCAGGGAAGCUGCCCAGUAGGCGACAGACAGAACACUGUCGAUAUCACGCUCGAUGUACCUUUGGAGCGUGAGGUUGAGCUUGUACCGGAAGCUGCACUGAUCAGUGCAUUGAGAUCCGAAACGACGCGAUUUUUCACCAUCGAGGAAGGACAAGAAUUCGACCUAAAGCUCCCGCAGCAGACCAUCGAACAACCCAUGCAGCAUGACCGGACAUUACUCUCGGCAAGCCGCCAAAUGACGGGCUAUGGGCAGGAACGAGGUGGCAUGCACACCCUGAUCAUCAACCCGGCACCACAUGCACAGAUGGUCGUCUUCCUAGAGAGCUUACCGUGGUUCUUGCGACCCUAUAUGCACACCCUCAAGAUUUCGGGCGCAAAGACUGAGAAGAUGUACUACAGGCCAGCCAUUGAUCGUCAGAAAGGCACGCACUUCGAGCUUCUUCUGGACGUCCCGGCUCAGUCUACAGUGGAGCUCACCUACGACUUUGAGAAAGCCAUCCUGCGAUACACGGAGUACCCACCAGAUGCUAACCGUGGCUUCGAUAUACCGCCCGCCAUCAUUCGAGUCCUACCUCGAGACGGCGAGCAAGAUCGACAAGGCAACUAUCUGAGGACCACCAGCCUGUUGCUUCCGCUCCCGACGCCAGAUUUCAGCAUGCCGUACAAUGUCAUAAUUUUGACGAGUACGGUGAUCGCGUUAGGAUUUGGAAGUAUCUUCAACUUGCUCAUCAGACGAUUCGUGCUUGCAGAGGAGGUCCCAAAGAGUCCGAUCGCUGGUGUUGUACAGAAUGUCAUCGCCAAGGCGAAAGCAGCUGUCGCCAAGACCAAACAGGGGAAGGCUGAGGACAAGAUGGCGGGCGCGACGAUACCGACUGUGAAAAGUUCUGAGGCCAAGGUCGGUAGUAAUGGAUUGGACACAGUGCGUGAACGGAAAGGGUACGCGAAUGGGAAAGUAGCAGCUUCGUAA